UUUCAGGAAACGGAUCCAAUGGCAGUGGCGAUAAUCAAGGUUCAGGAAGUGGUUCUAACCAAGGUUCAGGAAGUGGAUCCAAUGGCAGUGGUGCUAACCAAGGUUCAGGAAACGGAUCCAAUGGCAAUGGUGAUAACCAAGUUUCAGGAAACGGAUCCAAUGGCAGUGGCGAUAAUCAAGGUUCAGGAAGUGCUAACCAAGGUUCAGGAAGCGAAUCCAAUGGCAAUGGUGAUAACCAAGGUUCAGGAAGCGAAUCCAAUGGCAAUGGUGAUAACCAAGGUUCAGGAAACGGAUCCAAUGGCAAUGGUAGUAACCAAGUUUCAGGAAGCGGAUCCAAUGGCAGUGGUGAUAAUCAAGGUUCAGGAAGCGAAUCCAAUGGCAGUGGUGCUAAUCAAAGUUCAGGAAACGGAUCCAAUGGAAAUGGUGCUAACCAAAGUUCAGGAAACGGAUCCAAUGAUAAUCAAAGUUCAGGAAACGGCAGUGGUGUAAAUAAGAAACGUGGUGGUAACCAAGGUUCAGGAAACGGAUCCAAUGGCAAUGGUGCUGACCAGAAUAGGAAAUGA